CACGGCGUCUGGGUAAACAAGCGGACGGCGGGUCGUGGGACGUCGCUGGGGAAUCCGGGGUUUUUAAGCCUAUAUUAGUGUGGUAUUUUCCGUGUGUUCUUGCGAGGAGUGACGACGAGAGGUAGGAUAGAUUGUCGUAAUGCAUAUCGCAAUUGAAGGAUGCUCCCAUGGAGAGCUGGACACCAUUUACAACUCUGUGUUACGACUGGAGCAGAUCCAUGGUUUCAAAGUGGACCUCCUCCUCUGCUGUGGAGAUUUUCAGUCUGUGCGCAACGAGCAGGACCUGAAGUGCAUGGCCUGUCCGGUCAAAUACAUGGAUAUGCGUGAUUUCUACAAAUAUUAUUCAGGUGAGAAGAAGGCCCCUAUGUUGACCAUAUUCAUCGGGGGCAACCAUGAGGCCUCUAACUACCUUCAGGAAUUCCCCUAUGGUGGGUGGGUUGCCCCUAACAUUUACUACCUGGGAUAUGCAGGUGUGGUCAGAUUCGGAGGGCUGCGAAUUGGGGGCCUUUCAGGGAUUUAUAAGGGCCCAGACUACCUCAAAGGGCACUAUGAGAAGCCACCUUAUACUGGGGAGUCAGUCCGAAGUGUUUAUCAUGUGCGAAACCUUGAGGUCUUUCGGCUAAAGCAGCUUUCAGGUGAGAGCGAUAUUUUCAUGUCCCAUGACUGGCCACGUGGUAUCUAUCAUCAUGGAGACAAAGAAAAAUUACUCAAGUGGAAACAGCAUUUCCGUUCUGAAGUAAAGAAUAAUACACUGGGAUCAAGACCUGCAGAAGAACUCUUAAAGAAGAUAAGGCCAAAGUACUGGUUUUCUGGUCAUCUUCAUGUCAAGUUUCCUGCUGUAUUGCGACACAAGGACGAAAAUACCCACAAAGCGAAGGUGACAAAAUUCUUGGCGUUGGACAAGUGCCUGCCUCGGCGUGACUUCCUACAAGUGAUAGAAGUGCAGAAUGCGGGACCUCUAGAGUUGAGCUAUGAUGCAGAAUGGCUGACUAUUCUACGACUUACCAACCACCUUCUCUCUGUUGGUACACGGACUGUCUACAUGCCUGGGCCGGGAGGGUCCGAGAGAUACCAGUUCACACCUACAAAGGAAGAGAUUGAUGACACCAUCCAGAUGAUGGGAUGCAACCUGAAGGUUCCUCUAGACUUUGUUCCAACAGCACAGUCUUAUGAAAGUAGCCAAGGCAAGCCCAAGAUGGAGCAGGUGCAUAUGCCCGAUCCGCUACUCAACCCACAGACGAUUGUGGCACCCAAAGGCGUACGAGGUGAACCCCACAUGUGCUGGCACUACUCGCAAGCACCUUGUGCGAGACGAGCGGAGACACUCCUCAACCCUGGCAGAUAUCCAUCAAGCUUCCAGAGGGACGAGGCUCCCUUAGGCGCGCCCAAAGCGCCACUACCCGCACUCACGCAUUGCGAGACGAACGUAAUGUCCCUCACGAGGAGCGAGCGGAGACACUCCUCGACCGUGUCAGAUAUCCGUCAAGCUGCGCAGAGCCGAGGUUCCCUUUGCCGCACGGGACUUAACCCACCUGUAUUGCCACGUCCUACACCCACGCAUGGUAAGGUGCAGGCGGAGACACACCACACCCUGGGCAAGUGUCCAUGA